AUGUUACCGAAUAUAUCACAAUCGCUUACUGCUGUUGAUGUACAUCAUAUGAAUAGAACAAAUAUUAACACAAGAAAUUAUCUUUUAUUUAAACCAUCACCAUCAUUCACAUUCAGUCAUGAUUUACGUUUAUUUGUAACAGGUCAAAUUCCUUCAAAUACCAUAUCGUCUUCCUCUCGCAUAUCAACAAAUACUUCAAUGCUAAAACGACGAAAUAAUAUACAUAAGAAAAAUCAUAAACAAACAAAUAAUAAUAAUAUUUAUGAAUCUCUUGUUCGAUCUAUAGCACGUUGUUUACCAUCAACUGAACGUGAUAUAUUACAUGAUAAUAUAACACUUCUUUCAGAUUCAUUUACUAGUAUUCCAAUAUCUUUAUUACCAAAUAAUGGUUCAGUUCAUUCGCAUAACAUAUCGAAAAUACAAACAUAUAAUAUUAAUUCUAAUAAUAAACAAAAAUCAAAUAGAAACAUAACAACGGAUUAUAAAGCUUUAUUAUCAUCAUCAGCAGAUACUCUUAAUCGUGUAAUAUCAAAUCAUCAAUAUAAUGAAAAGGAUAAUAAUAGAAUAAUUACAAAAUUACCACGUUUGCCAAAAAUUCCAACUCGAAAACAAUUACAUGUUUAUAUACCACAAGUAACUUAUUAA